AUUGCCGAGACACAAACGAAGCGCACUGAGCUACUGGCACAAACAGGCAGACAGAAAGCUAAAUGUGUCCAAGGCGGUCACAUGCUGUCUUCCAACUUGACCCAGCGUUCUGGAAUGAAUUACACUUCAAGAAACACCACGGAAUGUGAUGUAGAUUGUUUGACUACAGCAGCCACUGAAAGAGGAUGACGGUGACUUACUCAAGUAAAGUCGCCAACGCCACCUUCUUCGGUUUCCACAGACUGCUUUUGCGAUGGAGAGGCAGUAUCUAUAAACUUUUGUAUCGGGAGUUUAUAGUCUUUGUACUUUUAUACACCUUGAUGAGCUUGGUUUACAGACUUGCUCUCCCAGACCAUGAGAAGCGUGUCUUUGAAAAGGUGGCGCUUCACUGUAACAAGUUUGCUGACCAGAUCCCAGUCACCUUCGUUCUGGGUUUCUAUGUGACCCUGGUGGUGAAUCGCUGGUGGAACCAGUUUGUGAAUCUUCCGUGGCCUGACCGGCUCAUGUUCCUGAUCACAAGCUGUGUUCACGGACGCGACGAGCAGGGUCGCCUGCUCAGGCGUACACUGAUGCGCUACGUCAACCUCACCUCGCUGCUCAUCUUCCGCUCCGUCAGCACAGCCGUCUGCAAGAGAUUCCCCACCAUGGACCAUGUGGUGGAGGCAGGCUUCAUGACACCAGAAGAGAGGAAGGUGUUUGAUGCCGUCAAGUCUCCCCACCUGAAGUACUGGGUCCCUGUCGUGUGGUUCACUAACUUGGCCUCCAAGGCCCGGUCAGACGGACGGAUCAAGGACAGCGUAGACCUGCAGACCAUCCUUAACGAGAUGAACAAGUUCAGGACAUGGUGCUCCACCCUCUUUGGUUAUGACUGGGUUGGGAUUCCUCUUGUCUAUACACAGGUGGUCACCCUGGCCGUCUACACCUUCCUGUUCUCCUGUAUAAUCGGCAGACAGUUCCUGGACCCAGCACAGGGCUACCCAGGUCACGACCAGGACCUCUACGUCCCAAUCUUCACCAUGCUGCAGUUCUUCUUCUUAUCAGGAUGGCUCAAGGUCGCCGAGCAACUCAUCAACCCGUUCGGGGAGGACGACGACGACUUCGAGGCCAACUGGUGCAUCGACAGGAAUCUCCAGGUGUCGCUGAUGGCGGUGGAUGAGAUGCACAUGUUCUUCCCCCCAAUGACUAAAGACAUCUACUGGAAUGACUCUGAAGCCCAACCCCCAUAUACCCUGGCUGCGGCAGACUACUGUAUCCCGUCCUUCUUGGGGUCCACCAGACAGCUGGAUCUGUCGGAGAGAACGGACAGGCGAGACAGCCACUUCAGCCACCAGGACUUCCGCCAGCAUCGCAGAGAGUCCAUGCUGGUGCGCGUCCGUAGGCUGCUUAGCGUCCAGGAACCGCCCGAACUGGCCCCGCCCAAGCAUUCCUUCAAACGCCACAGCAGUGACGACUCCCUGGCCUUCAGGCCCGACUACCGUGCCAACCCGGACAUCCCGUUUCCCAGAGGCCUGGGCCCCCGGGUGUUCCCCAGACCCAAAGCCCACUCGCCCACCCUCCGCCGGGACACCCUGGGCUCGCUGCGGGAGGUCAGCAGCAGCGCCUCCUCCCCAGACACGGACCCUGGUGGGUUCUCCUUCCCGGACCCUCCGCCGGUGUUCAGUCCACCAAGUUGCCCUCCGACUCCGGUGGACCAGAUGGAGGAGGACCUGGGCCCGGACGGUAACCACGGCAGCAGACGUACCCGGCCCAAGAGGUUCCGCUGGAGCGUCCCUAAAGACUGGUGUAAACCGCGGACCCCUCGGCUCUCCACGCAGCUGUCCAGGCAGGGUUCCAAGAGCUCCCUGCACAGCCAGCCCAGUCCGAACGGCCCGGGGGAAAGCCGAGGCCAGGACGCCCCCACGGCGGUCCCCUUCCUCGCGCAGCCCGUCCAGCCCGAAGCGACGCCCGUCCCGGAGACAGACAUUCUGGAGUGCGUCGGCCGGGGGACUGACAAGAAGGACGCCAGUGACAGCCAAGAAAACAACAGCAACUCACGAUCACUGGACGUUUGACGUUCUUAUCAUCAACAGCACACAUCGAUCCGCGACGCCCUCAUGUGGGUAGAACCAUAGGGUUAGAAAAUUACUACAAUACCUUAGUAGAACCCGCAAUGCGUGCAGCCACAAGAGUGACAACAUGCCGUGCCUUUAAGAAAUAUUGCCAUGCUGUUGAUUUUAUACUUUCUGUGAAAAGUUCUGUUUGCUGCCUCGGCUCUACCUGAAUAAAAUAAAAUGUUUGUUUUUAAUAAAAUGCAAUUAAUUCA